GGCAGAGCUGUCCAAUCGCGUGCUGCGGCGGCGGCCCGCAGCGCUGGGGACAGCGCCGGCCAUGGCUGCGCCCUGGGAGGACGUGCUGCGGGACAGACCGGCCAUCCGGGAAGCCGCGGCGGUGGCCGUGGACGCGGCGCUGCUGGAGGGCGUGUUGAUGCGGACCGAGGGGCAGCCCAACGCCUCCGAUGUGGUGAAUUUCGCUCCCUUCACGCUGCUCCCUUCUGCAGUCCCCAGUGCCCUGUUUGAGCAAGCGUACGCUGUUCAGCAAGACUUUAACAUGCUGGUGGAUGCUAUUAGUCAAAACAAGGAGUUCCUGGAGCACACUCUGGCCAGCACCAUCAAGGUGGAUGACUUCACAGCUCGGCUCUUCAGGAUCCACACGCAAGUCCUGGAGGAAGGCUUGGCUCAGUCUGUGUUUUUAGGCAUAAACCGCUCUGAUUACAUGUUUGACUGUGGGGUGGAUGGGACACCAGCUCUGAAGCAGAUAGAAAUAAACACCAUUGCUGCCAGCUUUGGAGGCCUCACCUCCCGCACUGUGGCGGUCCAUGGGCAGGUGUUGAAAGUGCUGGGAAAGCCUCAGGAGGCAUCACGUCUGCUGCCCAACAACCCAUCCAGAGGCCUUGCCUUGGGUAUUGCCAAAGCCUGGGAGCUCUAUGGCUCUCCAAGUGCUGUGGUGAUGUUUCUGGUGGAGGAAGUCCAGAGGAACAUUUUUGAUCAGCGAUGUGUAGAAAAUGAGCUUUGGAACAGGAACAUUCGGGUCAUCAGGAAGCGAUUCAGGGAUGUGUUUGAGAAGGGCUCUCUGGAUGAGGCUAGGAGGCUGUAUAUGGACGGGCAGGAGGUAGCGGUGGUGUACUACAGAGAGGGCUACGUGCCAAGCAACUACGACCAGCAGAACUGGGAGGCUCGGCUGCUGCUGGAGAGGUCCCGGGCAGUGAAGUGCCCUGACAUUGCCACCCAGCUGGCGGGCACCAAGAAGGUGCAGCAGGAGCUGAGCCGCCCGGGGACGCUGGAGAGGCUGCUGCCCGGCCACGCAGAGGCUGUCGCGAGGAUCAGAGCAACCUUCGCUGGGCUCUACUCCCUGGACACGGGUGCAGAGGGGGACAGGGUGGCUGCUAUGGCGAUCGCUGACCCCGACCGCUUCGUGCUGAAGCCGCAGCGAGAAGGUGGAGGGAACAACCUCUAUGGUGAAGAGCUCAGGCAGGUUCUGGAGAAGAUCAGAGACAGCCCUGAGAGAAACUCCUACAUCCUGAUGGAUAAGAUCAAGCCACGGCCAGCCAGGAAUUACCUGCUGAGGGCUCACAGCCCCCUGCAAGUGUCCGAGUGCAUCUCAGAGCUGGGGAUUUUUGGUGUCUAUAUCAGACGGGGCUCGGAGCUGGUGCUGAACGAGGCCGCGGGGCACCUCCUGCGCACGAAGGCGGUGGAGCACGCAGACGGGGGGGUGGCGGCGGGGGUGGCUGUGCUGGACACCCCCUUCCUGGUGUGAGGAUGUGACCCCAUCCCGCUGCUGCCUCAGGAGCUGAGCUGCCCCACGCUGUUCUCCUUCGGGUGCGCUUGCCAAGGCCUGAGCUGCUGGCGAUGGUGAGGAGGGGCUGGGAGGACACCGCUGCUCAGAUGCCCCAUGGACCAGCCCCAGCUUCCCUGAAGGACGAAGGGGCUCAUGUCCCUGCCCCUGCCCAUCCCACCCGUGGCCUCCCAGGACAGCACAGCUCUGGCUGUCCCGUGGGGGCUACAGCAGACACUCGUGCUGCUCCUGGUUGUGUGCUCUGUGAUGCUGUUGUUUCUGGAGACACAAACCCAAAGCACAGGGAAGGGGAGGAGAAGGGGGGAUGUGUCAGCACAAGCUUUCAUCUGUGGGAUUCAUUGCCAGGCCCCUCCAGCCCUGCUGCAGGUGCUGCUGCUGCCCCAAUUCCUACUCUUCCCUGUGCCGAGGCCUCUCAGUGUUCCUGACAAGGGACACGUGCCCUGGUGGGAUUUGUCCAGGAGCCUCUUGCUUGCUUUUGCUUUGCCCACCUCCUGCUGGGUGCUCAUCCCAAAGCGUGCCCCUGUGCCACACGAGGCCAGCAGCAGUGCAGGCUGCCUCUGAGACCCCCAGUGAUGAUGGAGCCUUUAGUCACUGUGUCCAUAAUCCCUGAAUCCCCAGUGCAUCCCACUGCAAGUCCCGCACUGGGCAGCUCCUGCCUGGGCUGCUGCAGCACAUACAGCCCAAGAGGGUGUCAGGGAGCCCCAACCUCAGUAAAUGGUCCUGUGGGACCAUGGGGUGGGCUGAGAGUGGGAGCUUUGUGCUGAGGAAGCAAAGGAACUGCAGGAGAGGCUGAGGGGGGCCAGUGCUUCCCUCUGGGACCAGCACCAGCGCAGGGCAAGACGUGUCACCCUCCAGGUUCCAUGGGUUGGGAACAGCGCAGCAGUGCAGGGAUGUGGGUGCAGCCUCUCCUUCCCAAGCUCUUUUCCUCCAGCCCCUCUUCCUCCUCAGCUGAGCAGUUCAGAGGGAAGCAAUCCCAAUGCACCUUUCCGGCAGUGCCUUGGUUGAAGCAGCCUCAGCUCUACCCUCGUGGUGACACCAGAGCAGCAGAUUAAAGCCUCUGCUCCUGAGGCCUGACUGUGCUGAGCGCCAGCGCAGCACUGCUGCUGUCACUGCACCUCAGUGGUCCCUCCUGCCUGCGAGGGGGAGCGCUUCGACAUUCCCGGGGGUUGUGGCACUGGGGGGGUUGAUUGCCCCCAGCCACAGAUUAAAACAUGAUGUGCAAUCCGA